GAGGGGCCACCCACCGCUACAUUGCUCGGCUCGCGCGAUCGGUUGCUUGGUACCGCCGAGCCAAGCCUGUCUUUUGGCCCCGCUUUCGCGCUUCGCUCGUCUGAUGGUGUUUGGGAAUGUGUGCCUCGAGUCGGGAUAGCGCGAGGACAACAAGUCGUACUGUGAUCCAAAACUGCAGCAGCAGUUGAUUGUCUCUCCCACCCCUCACCCCCUCUCCAGCUUGCUAGCCCAUCUCGUCGCGAUCCCCUAUUUCGUACUAGGCUCACCUCAACAACCAGGCCAACAUGUCGCUCCGCACGCCACUCACCGAACUCUUCGGCAUCAAGCAUCCGAUCAUGCUCGCUGGCAUGAACGUCGCAGCUGGUCCUGAGCUCGCAGCAGCAGUGACAAAUGCAGGCGGUAUCGGAGUCAUCGGAGGUGUCGGCUACACUCCAGAUUUCCUGCGAGAGCAGAUCAAGGAGCUCAAGGAUAAUUUGAACGACAAGAACGCUCCGUUUGGUGUCGACCUUUUGCUGCCAAAGGUUGGAGAAGGUGCCAGAAAGACGAACUAUGACUACACUGGAGGCAAGCUUGGAGAGCUCAUCGACAUCAUCAUCGAGGCGAAAGCCAAGCUGUUUGUCUCGGCCGUAGGAGUUGCGCCCAAAGAAAUCAUCGAGAAGCUGCACAAGGCUGGAAUCGUGUGCGCGGGUAUCAUUGGCCACCCCAAGCACGUCAAGGGCAGCGUUGCCAGUGGCGUAGAUAUGAUCAUCUUUCAAGGCGGAGAAGGUGGAGGCCACACUGGUGACAUUCCCCUCUCUGUGCUCGCGCCUAGAGUGGUCGACAUUACGCGAGGACACAAGAGCCCCUUGACGGGCAAGCAGAUCCUCACUGUCGCUGCUGGUGGCAUUUUCAGAGGCAAAAGUCUCGCUGCUGCGCUCUGCUUCGGUGCGGAUGGCGUGUGGGUCGGCACGAGAUUUGUCGCUUCGCAGGAGUCCGGCGCUCCUCGCAAGCACAAGGAAGCCGUGUUGACCAGCACCCACGAGACCGACGUCCGCACCAUCAUCUUUACCGGUCGACCCUUGAGGUUGAAGAACACACCGUACAUCCAAAAGUGGGAGGAUCGUCCAGACGAGAUCAAGAAGCUCACUUCCCAAGGAGUGAUUCCUGUCUACCACGAUUUGGAGAACGAUGACGAGAAGGGCACAGCAGAGGAAGGCGCUCGCGAGCGCUACCUGCUCGGCAAAUGCGCAAGCGUGAUUGAGGACAUCAAGCCCGCUGCGCAAAUUAUCCAAGAGAUGGUAAAUGAGGCUGUGGAUGUACUUCAAUCUGGUCGCGAGCUCGUCGUCACUGGCCCACGUCUUUGAUUCGUCACGUCCCUGAUGCACUCAGGGCGCUUUUCAGGCUGUGCCGAGCUUGGCUAGCAGUGGAUGUUGCAUGUGAAUCUCAUUAUUGCGCGCUGGAAAUCUGCGAAAGAGAGAGUGUGUUUCUUCUUAGGGAGCUAGCUGGUCCAACUGCCACGUAUCGUCAGCUGCGUCCUUGGCCGACUCGAGUGAU